AGGCGACGUAGACUAAUGAAAAUACCUACUGUGUUGAGCUCUUUUGAGCACAGCGAUGCUUUUCUUCCAACAAAUCAUGACCACAGAAUGAGGUCGCUGGGCUCUGCUCUUGUGGGCAGCAGUCGAUCCAGCGUCUUGGUCCGGUUCUGAUAAUGGAGGUGGGAGAUGUUGAUGAUGACAGAAAGAACGAGGAGAUGAACAGGUGGAAGAUGACCGCUGCACUAGAACUUCACGACCGUGUAAAAAUGGUGUCAUCUUCGGUUGCGCCAUGCCAGCAGGGGCUUGGCCGGGCGCAAGAUAGUUCAAUGCAGCUCGACGUUGGCCAAGAGAUCAUGAACAAAAACGACAAUCUUCUUACCCCAGCCGGUUCUCGAGGAGGUGAAAACAACCCUGCUGCUACGUCGCGUUCCUGCAGUAGAACGGCGAGCAGCUCAUCGCCCACGGCUUUUUUCCCGCGUGCCGACGUUAGCACUUCUUCUACCAAUCCGGUCGUAGUUCCAGCGUCUAGGUCUAUUUCAAGUAGGAUGAUCUUUGAUGCUCCUGAAAGCCGGCAAAGCAGGGGAGGGCGCAUCGAGGAGUCUUCCUUGUCAAGUCGUGAAGAUGAUGUUCCUAGUCGAGGGGCCGCUGGAUCAGCUUCAAGCUUUAGUUGUGCUAGUUCCUUGACCUCCUCUUCUUCUACGCGGUUUAUACAACGUGUUGAAGACGGUGGAUUAAUAACAUCAACACGCUUUGCAACUGCGUCCUCUUCGUCUUGUUUUUCGUCCUCGUCACACACGGAGCAGGAGCGGCAAGGUGGAACAAGAACACGACCAUCUGUGCGGCCUGUUUCGCAAAGACCAAAGUCAGAUGCGACACUGGAACAGCUGCACCAGCAGGUAGAAGGACCACCAGUGGCGCAGGAGCAACAGGGGAUGAACUGCGUAAGCCUGAUUGAAACUAGAAACCGAAGUCCAAACGCACUUAAUCCGUGUGGACAGUUGAACAGUUCCAGGUGCGCGACCAGAGGUUGCAAUAUGUUGAAGAACUCCGGUGGUACAACUAGACGAGCAGCUUCUAUCUCAACAUCGACUGCGUCAGCUGAUGGUGCAACGAGAAGUAGAAGACCAUGCGCAAGGAUGAAAAACACUCCAGAAACUUGUUCCGGCUGGACAAGGCCAAAGGAAACUAGUAACAGUGCAACGACAUUACCUGCGGGCACUAGCGCCGUCCGCUCUCUCGCAUCUUCAUCUUCAUCUUCAUCUUCAUCCAGGGCUUGCGCUUGUUUGAAUAAAAGCGAGGUAGUAAUGAAUGAGGUUUCGAACAUAAAAACGAUGGUAGUAUCAGACGGCGAAGUUCGAGUUCCUGUCAAGGAGGUGCAGGAGCAGCAAAAUUCAAGUCUUCGGAGUAGAAGUCCUCGUCCAGCAAGUGCUGCUACUUCUUCUAGCGCUGAUCUGCACAGCACACCGAGCAGCAGUUUGGGACCGACUGCAUCUGCUUGUUCACGGCCCCCGGUAGCAGGAACUACGAACACCUCCACAUCGGCGACAUCACAGAUGCUACCAGAGAUAGAAAUUCUCCGAGUGCAAAAAGUAACAGAGCAACUACCUUCAGGAGGGGGCAGCAGCAGCAGCACAAGUAGUUCCUCAAGAACAUGCAGCAUUUCAUCGCAGAUGUUUUCCUCCUCGUUCGACGGGCGAAAUCAUGAUGAUGCGCGCGGGCAGAGAACUCCUUCUUCUUCUGUUGCUCCGUGUAAUAUGCUAGCCUGUUCAACAUCGGUCGUUGUGACAACUUGUUCCAGCUGGUGUAGGUUUUGGUUUUCACCCUCCGGCUGGCGACAGAACUGCAAACAUAAACUCAGGCGGCAGAAGCUGUUCUCGUCGCUGUCGGCAGAGGAUAAGAACAGAGACGACGCUGCCGCGCCUACCUUGAUCGGACGAGGACUGUUGCUGUCGCGAUUUCAUUUCCCGUUCUGCACCAGGAGGAGAAACUCAAGCUCCGCUCGUGCCACUUCUCAGCAGCAGCAGCAGGACCAUUGCUGCAACUGCGAGAGGGCAACUAUCAAGAGAACCACGGGCCGCGGGAGGGAUGAUCUCGACGAGAGAUCCCGGAAGCAACGGCAGCAGCAGCAGUUCUGGCGAGGUAAUUGCACGUCGGCGUCCAAGCUGCAACCACGACACCGCGCAGUAGUAGUCAAGCAGGCGGACGAGGAAAGGAUUAGGAAACAAACAACAUCUACUUGCGCAAGAGAGCUGCCUGUGGACGACGACCGCAGCAACCAAUCUGCCCCCGACAUGAUCCGGAGUUGUAGCACUACCUUCAAUGGCCGCCGCCUACUAGCAGAGUCAGACUACACAGGACGCGACGAGCAACGAAGUGGUAAGGCGUCCUCUUCGACGACGACGUCCGAUGGAAGAGCAAGGCUUUGGCCGCUGUCAACUACAUCUACUUCCUACAGUACACAACUCGUCUUCCAAAGGGAGGUCUCACAGACUGACAUGAGUCGUGGCAGCAGUCCACUACCACUUCCGCGAGGAGGAGAGUUGCAAGAAGAACAACAGCAGCUUCUAGUUCCCGUUGUUCGACAUGAUCGCGGCCCAUUGAACAUCAAAUGGUCUCCUUCAUUGUGCACGAGAAGGAAGACUAGGAAAAAGAUUUCCGCCGCGAUGAAGAUUUUGAACAAAAAAUUCUCUUCAUCCACCACAUGGCGAACAACUUCUUGUUGGAGUUCUUCCACGACUGUGGCCGCGAAAAGUAAAAACAAACCUCCGCCUUGCUUUUAUUAUGUGCCGCUCCUUACAACGACAACGUGUCUGAUGUUCUUUACGGCGGUUUUGCUGCUCUUGUCAACACAACUGCGUAGCUUUCCCAGGACCUCUUCACCGUCUACUUCACCACGCGGACGAGAUGAUGACUCAUCUUCACAGAAACUGCACAACAACAUGGCUACUUUUCUAGUUGCCGCACGGAAAGUUGCUGUGGGUGGCGAGGAGGAAAUGAUCUCCGUAGAUGACAACCACUACGACCACCCUGGGGGCACCAAAAUUAGUAGCAGCACAAGCACGGCGAGCAGCGCCAACGGUCCACCUCUGGGCGAAGCAGGUUUGAUGUCCUCUACUCACGCAGCAGGAGGAGCAGGGGGACCGGGAGAAAACGAAAAGGACGCCCAGUUUCCAGGACCAGGAGAUUCUCCUGCAGAAGAAGAUCAGCAUAAGAUUAUAACUGCACAGCCUAGUCAUGCAGUACAACAACAAGAGGGACUUCCUUCUCCUUCAUCCUCUUCUGCGUUAGAACUAGUCGCGUCUGCGGGCGGGGGUGCUGCGGCUGCCCCCACGCAUGCACAUCAUGCCCUAAGAGGCGCUGGCCGUUCUCCUUCGCGCGGGCUCGAGCUGCUCGAGCAGCAGGACCACUCCUCUGGGAUCUUCGGGCCAAAAAUAACUACCGGAGCCAGUCAAAAACCACCAGAGCAGGCAGUCGCCGUGUCGAACGACGGCGGGGUGGCAGCGGUGGAAGAAUUAUGGGACGAAGCAACUACACCAAACCUGCUCGCCUCCACGACUUUGGAAGUAGAUGAGCAGCCAACUGCAGCUGCGCAACGACAUACAAGAACAGGAAAUACGCAGGAAGAACCAGUGUUGCCAGCAUCCUUCAUCGCAGAAGUAGAUGCUCAAGAACCAACUGCAACUGCUGCAGUAGCACACGAACACGAAGAACGUCACAAGCUUGACGAUGAGCCUCAGCCUCUCGUCUCCCAGCAUGCUACAAGAAUCGGCGCGCCGGCGCGGAAAAGUGGAAGUGUAGUGCCAUCUCCGCAAAAAAACAAUUUUCUUGAAUUGGAUGAAGAGAUGAUGAGAGAAGGCGAGCAACUACAGAGACUACACAAGGAAGAGAACCAGGUCGCGCAGAGGACGUACCGGAUGUCGCAGGAGCUGCAGCAGCAGCAGCAACUCCACAAGCUGCAGCAACUGCACACGAUACGAGAACAAAUUCGUCUUCGGCGGAUAGAGAAGAGGAAGAAAUACCGCAAAAACCAAAUCCUGAAGCUGGAGCAACAGAGAAGAACAAACCUAGCGGCCAAGAAGAAAACGUCGCAGUCCACCGGAGUGGGAGAACAGGAAGGGGCGAUGAACAAGCAACAGAGCAUCGACGUGCCGUUCCUGGACAUAAACUGGGACUUUGGAGGUGAGGAUUGGCUGAGCGACAGUGUCGGGAAAGUGUUGGAGGAGGCACACGGCAUCCAUUCAGACGCUCUGGACGCGCUUCCUGACCACCUAUGGACAAAAAAGGACGACCUAUGAUCCCGAUUUUCCGUGUUCUGCAUGAUGACAGGAGACACUAUGAAUAAUAUUCAGAGCAAUAAGGUUGCUCUGAUCUGUAUAACAGGCUCAGAUGUCGAAUUCAAUCAAUUUUGAAAAACAUUUUUUUAGCUAGCGAAAGCGCCUUCAACAAGAACUAGUUAUUUUUUGAGAUGAUGUAGUUUUAAACUAGUUAGCUCAGGUUUCGGUAGGGCCUUUGCGGAUGCGCAGAAUGCAUAAGUAGCUAUUUAAAGUUUAACUAUUUAGGCGCUUUAGCAAGCGAAAAAAAUUUUUUCAAAAUCCGUUGAAUUCGACAUCUGAGCCUGUUAUACUAAUGUGCAUGCUUUGCAUGUUGACAAAUUACAACAUACGCGGAGGGGUCUAGUUGAACUUUUUCUGUGGAUACCCUGGCGCAUCGGAUAGCGCAACUUGGGACGACGCUGACAAAGAGUCGUGGGCCGACGAUAUUUGGGCCGAUCUAUUUCGUGACAGCGAUAGCAUUCCCGACGAAAUAAAAGAAGACGACAGCGCAAAAAGUGAGUUCAAAGCCGCCAUGAUCGUAGCCGCGGACGAGCUCGACAAAGACCAGGACAUACACGAACUCUUCCGGUCCCAGGACGAAAACGGCAAGAACGUGCACUGGGACGCCAAAGCAAAGGAGCUAACCCAUGAAAAGCUCUCGCUCGCGAUUGCAGUGGCGGCGCAGGCUAUCCCACGAAAAAACUGCUUCAGUGUAAUGAUUUUGCAAGAAUCGCGUCACAAGUUUGUUACACAUGACAAAAAAAACUUGGCAUGCGUGCUCUCUAAGAGAAAACACAGCUAAAAAAAGUCCAAUGUCUUGCAUGUGUAGCAAGACAACCGCAUUUGUGUUCCGUUCUCUGCAUCACAAGUUCACAGUGAAACAGGGUUUUCUUACGAUGCAGGCCGCCGUUGACGACGACAAGGGGACGGAAGGCGCAAAAACGGAAGUCAAGGAGCUGUUUGAAAAUAUGAAGUCGGGUUUGCGGGCUAUCCUGUGUAAAAACGUCCCCACCCCAGAGUUGUCAUGCAGAUUUGCGAUGGCAGGAAGAUUUGUAAUGCGCAUGUCCCUGCCAGGCGUGGUCGUUACCAAUCGUGUUUUGAAGUUUGUAAAUGUGUAAGCAGGAUUACAAGCUGGCUUUCUCAUGUGGCUGCCCUUGCUAACCAGUACGACACUGCAGAUGGGAACUUGUCAUGCACAACUCCCAAACCGUGGAGAUUUGUGCUGCAUAUAGACCAACUGGACUAUGGGGUGGGGACGCUUUUGCUCAGGAUACGGGCGGACAAAGACGACUGGAGCAAAGCGAGUCAGUAUCUAGCCGGCCUGAAGACGGUAAACAGCGCCUUCGCCACGGGUGGCGAUAAUUUGCUGAAGUCGGAGGCCGCGGUCCAAAUUCCCAUCGCCCUGGAUAUGACCUGCUCAAGCGUCCCAAUCUUAAACGUUCCAAUAGAAUUUGGAAAUCUGUGAUGCAAGAAGUGCAUGAUCUAGCCAAGUUUCAUAGGACUGCACAUGACAAGUUCCGGAGCAGUCCCAAACCGCACUACAAUCUGCCGAAAUUUGUCUUGCAGAAAGUGGAAUGGUCUGCGAGUCUGCCAUGCUCAUUAUGCAAGACAAAUCCCAGACUCUAUUGUAGCGCUUGAGAAGAUUGUAACGCUUGAGCAGGUCAUACUGGAAGCCACCAGACUCGCGGCGGAGACGAACACAGACGCGGCGGGCGCAGUGCAAGCGGUGCAGAGCAGCCUCCAGAGUGUGGACUUCGAAGCCCUCGCUGGGGCGGCCGUGAACGGUGUGGACGAAGACAACGGGAAAGGGGGUCUGUGGCAGAUCGUGCACGAAGAGCUGAGUAACCCCGCGCAGAAGGCAGAGUUCAUCCGGUCCAUGAGCACGAUAGCGGACGGAUACAAAGGCAAUGUGCCCGGGAGCCAACUCUCAAACGUGGGGUUUUUGUUCCGUGUUGCCCUGGAAGGGAGCAAGCAGGACAACAUAGGCGCCCCGGAACUGAUCAGCCACCUGGUACGCAUUGCAAAAGGUGUAUCGUGCUAGAAGUAGUUGGAAUUAUUGCAUAUGCAAACUUCCUCAGCGUGCUGCAUGUGCGUAACAAGUGAAAGUUGAAAGUUGUUCUUGUCAUGCUGAACCAGCUAACGAGCCAGGUUUUUCAUACAAUAUAGCAAUUUUUCAUUACUCCGAGCAGUGCGAUACACCUUUCUUGCACAGGAUACCUGAUGUCCCACCACGAUGCGGCCCACAAAACAUUUACCUAUCCUGCGUAAAAACACGACCCCAAAGUCAAGAUAAAAAGAAUAAUUUUCUUUCACAAAUCAAAAUGCUGCGCGAUGAAGUUCAUCGCACAGCAUUUUGAUUUGCAUGACUACAAGAAAUCUGGAAUUUGGAUGAACGGCGCAUGACUACAAGAAAUCUGGAACAACAAGCUAAAAAUGAAAGACUAGACUCUCCUCAUGUUGCAUCGGUCCUCUGCGCCGCAUGAGAGACCACAUCCUCAACGCGCAACUUUUCGUGAAAUCCAGGGGGUGGGGGUGACGUAGUUUUUGCGCAGGAUAUUGCCGUCCCUGCCGCAGGGACAGAUCAGGAUUAUGAAAUGCAAAAGCAUCGUACUUGCAUAAAUUACAAUACGAAUUUUUAGCUCAGCAUUACAUGAUUUACAAAUGGAAUGGAAUUUGUGAUGCGGAUUUCCCUGAAGAAAAAGAUUUGUAAUGCGUAAAAGCAAUUUAGUUUUAGUACGAGUACGAUACUUUUGCACAGGAUAAGGAUUUGGUCUUCUCGAUCUCGGACUGGAUGCAGAAGUCGAAAGGUACGGAACAGCACCAGUUGUAGAACUGUAAAACUUCGCGGAAUACUAUUGAUGAUGUUUGUAGUAGUUGUUUUAUUGCGCAUGAUUUCCAUUUCCAGCAUCGUGUUGCUUGAUAUAAUAAGUGGACUUCAGAAGUUGAAGUCUUGUUUCAUGAUCUCAAAGAAGUCUCGAUGUCGUGCCACCUGCUGCUGUGUGAUCUAUCAUAGUUGUGGUGCGACCCUUUGCGCUCAUCUUGCCAAGAAACAAGGAGCAGCACAAAAACAAUGCAUCUAUCGAUUAACUAUACCACAACAGCCGAGCAGGCGACGGACAUAAGCGACCUGUUGAGUAAAUGUGACGCUUAUGCAAUACAAAUUUCCCGUACAUGUACAAGAUGCAUCACAAUAAAUUUCCCCAAUUUGGAGUGUGAAACUUGUCACGCUAAACUAGGAUCGAAGCCAAGUUUUGUCAUGCAGAGACUGCAUUUGUACAUGUGCGGGGAAUUUCCUGUGGAUAACGCUUUCCACACGCCCGACGACCCGCAGGCCACCUACAUGGAUGAAAUGAAGAGCUCGAUCGGCGUAUGCAUCGCGAGCAGAAUGUCUAGGUCUGGAAGUAUAAGUAGCCCUCGCAAGAAAUGAUGCCAUUUUGAAAGGCAUACACCACAGAUGAGGACAUCAUGGAAGGUCAUGAAAAAUGUGCAUGGCAAUAAACAUUAUUGCACUUAUCCAGACCCAGACACAUAAUUUGCAUGGGAUAUGGCGAUUGGUUUACGAAAUCGGGAAACGUUGUAGCGGCCUCCGUGCACGACAUCCAGAACGCCGCUUUGCACCCACACUUGGGCAACUAUGGCCGCGUUCUCAAACGUUACAUUCUCAACUGUUACAUGAAUUUGUGAUGCAAGAACGGCAAAACUAAAGGGGGUGACCUUGCGCGUAUAAUUGCAUGACAGAUUCGGCGCAGAUUCUGAGCCUGUUUGGCUCUUCGCGAAUUUGUCAUGCAAAGCAGCUUGAUCGUGUCAAUUUUGAUUGUAAUUCUGCAUGACAAAUUCAUGUAACAGUUGAGAAUGUAACAGUUGAGAACGCCAUAGCAACCCGUUUCAGGGCGGGGGUGGUGGACCUCAUGUCGACGUGGGCGACAUUAUUACAGAGCACCCAGGGCCGGUCGCUGCUGUAUAUCAAACAAAAAAAAAGUGUGAAUCCUAACGGCUGCCACGACAGAAUGCAGUCUGUCAUGCAUGAAAAACCUUUUGUGCUGUUGCUGUUGCGUUUCUGCAUGCCAAAAUGUUCCGUUUAGAUUAACACUUUUUGGCUUUGACGCUGCGCUGCUCGGAGCCGCCGGUGCUGGUGGCUGGACCUAUGCAAACAAGGAUAAAAUUAAGAAAAUGCACGACUCCCCCGCCUUCCCCUCACUUGUUUAUGCAAAAUGAUGAAUCCGGGUCAUGAUUACAUUUGGCGUUGGGUGACCAUUUGGGUGGCCCAACGCCAAAAUGGGUGACGCUUGUGUUGCUGUUUAUGCAAUACAAAUGAGGGCGGGGAGGGGCAGUUGUGCACCCUGAUACGCAUCAAAGACAAUGUGAAAAAGGCCGUGCCCAAGGGCGUGACCAAAGCGCUCGAGAUAUCACAAGGAAAAAUCCCCCCUCCCCAUAUCAAAAGGAAGUCUCUGAUGCUGGAUUUGCGUAUACAAAUCAGGUUUGUCUUGCAGCAGAGGACUGCAGGCUCCUGCCAAGCCUGAGUAGAGAGCUUUUGGCCUAGGCGCUUAGCAUGAGAAACGACUAUCAUGUAGGUCCAACAGCAUCACAAACCGCCGGCAUAAUGCGGCAGAGCCUGUGGAGUUGUCUUCUUGCAAGACAGACGUGAUUUGUGGUCUCAAAUCAGCAAGACAAAUUUGCGGAAACAGGCCUUUUCGAUAUGGGGAGAGGGGAUUUUUCUUCUCAAUACGAGAACGUGGAGAACAGCGUGGAAAAGGCUAUGAAUUGCAAAUUAUGCAAGAAAAAAACUGUGUAAGUGUAAAUUUGUGUUGCAGAACAUGCAAGAGAGUUACACCUGUCAUGCCAGACAGCCACGAAGUCCUCUUUUCAACUGUGUUUCCCCUUACAAGCCACGCAUGACAGGUUUUCUCUGUCAUGUAGAGCAAAUUUGUGAUGCUGUUUCUCAAAGAAAGUUACACUUACACACUUUUUUUCCUGGAUACAAAUGUAUUCGAUACUAGUAGUAGUCGCAUCUUCAGAAAUUUGGUCAGCAUGAGAACAAACGCAAUUUGUUGUAGUGCGGGUUUUUUACCUCAAGAUUGAGACCUGUAAUCUAUUAUACCUGCGAUCUUUACCAGGAUGAAGUAUAAUACAACUUUUGCAGUGCAUAGUUGCCGCUGGUCGGCUAGCCGGUUCCUUGAGGACAGCGGCGGACACGGCCUUUCGUAGUCAAGCAGGCGUAUGGGAUUCAUCUCAAGCGUUUACAUUCUCAGAUGUUAGAUGGACUUGCAAUGCAAGAGCAGCAACAGUGAAGCGGGUAAGCUUGCAGCUCUCGCAGCACAAAUUUGGUACAGAAAAAUUAGGCGCUGCUUAGCCUCCCCUUGAGUAAUUUGUCAUGCGAAGUAGCUACUUGAUCGCGUGGCUGCUUAUCGUACUUUUGCAUCACGAAAAAUUCAUGUAGCAGUCGAGUCUGUAACGACGUUUGAGAACUACGCCAUAAACAAGCGCCACAGGAGCCACGACCUCAUCCGAUGGUGGAGCAGAUUCUUUACAAGCAACUACUACAGCAGGUGAUGAUAAUAAAGAUCGCGAUGAUGAUGGUGAUGAUGAUGCUCUAGGCGACAGUACGUCAUCCUCUUCGCGACAAGUAGACACUGACGGUAGCGGCCCGACACCAGCUGCACCCGCGAAGGAGUCGAGCAGCACCAGCACCAGGUCUACAGGAGACGCUGCUGACGACGACGACGACGAUACACCAACACCGGCGCCAGAGAGCGCGAGCGCGCGGACGAAAAAGAAAGGCAAGGGGAAGGCAAAGAGCAAGGGGAAGGCAAAGAGGCAGGGCAAGGGCAAGGCAAAAGGGAAGGGAAAGAACAACGCGAAAAACAAGGGAAAGAAAAAAAAGGCGGCGGCAAGCUCCUUUGAAGAAAAACAAGGCGAGACAAACAUCAUGGAGAAGAAAAACAAACAGGGGAAUUUCCGAAAACCCACGUAGAACAAGCUGCUAGUUUUAUUAUACCGAGAAGAUAGGAAGCACUUCCUCGGUCACAUCGUCGAGAGAAAAAAAAAAUCGAGAUUAAAAGAAAAAGAGUUAGCACACCAAGUAAAGAAUUUGAAUUUGCAAACGAGCACGAGCGUGCUCUCUUUCAUUUUUUUAGACGAGUACCUCUAAAACAGAUUCGAUACUACAGUACUAGCAGUUUAUUUCCAUUUACCAGACAAAUUAAUUCUACCGUAAAAUGCUUUCAUCAAUUACAAUUUCACAUUCAAUUUUCGAUGUAACAACCACUCUGUCACUGAUAGGAAAAAAAACAAAGACUGAGAAUUUGGAUUAUUGUUGCGGUAGAUUCACAACUGUACGACAGGCCACCACGCCCGCUGUCAGAUCGUAGAUGAGAUUGAUUUGCAAGUUUUUUCAUUGUAUCGAGACAAAGAAUAUAGAAAACCAGAAGAAUUCAUUUAUCUCUCCACACACCUUGAAUACCAAUAUUUAAUACGAACUUGUAGUUUAUUAACAGGAUGAUCCUGCUGUUAUAAUCUUCCACCGGGCCGCAGAAUGUUGAAACUAAAACCAAAUCUUCUUUCUGAUCCUGCGUCGGAAAGAACAAGAAGAAGUUGGACCUCGUGGUGACGGUUGCCUACACGUGGUCUCUCAGGCAAAACGUAAACGACCCGAACCAGUAGAGCCUGGCUUCCUUCUUGCGAUGAGAGAUCGUUUUGAAGAUGAAAUCAGUAGCCCGAUGAUGGCAGAUAUCUAUUGUAGUAUUGUAAACCAAGAAGACGACGACCCACGUUGAAGACACGACGAAGCAGAUUUGUUGAUUGUAUGUCCCUGUACAGAAAAUAUGAUCCGAAACAGUCAAAAAUCCGCAGAGGAGCGCAACAGCGGCGGCUCAAUGGGCGCUCAACAGCCGGCGAGAUGCGGGCGGG